GGGCGUCUGAUUGACCGUCUUGUCCCCUGGUCUGCUGCGCUCGUUUCAAUCAUUAUGCUACUCGUUUUUCAAGCAGUACAAACCAUCGGGGGUGGCAUAAAUGUAGCAGCGGUGAUCAUCGCCUGUUUCGGGCUUGAUGUGUUCAGGCAGAUGCAGCAAGUAGCGCUGUCGACAAUUAUUUUCAGUAUAUCUUCAACUGCUCGAUCUCGUUUGAAUGCCCUGCUGAUCCUCUCGGUAUUUAUCGGUCAAGUGAUGGGUACAUCCGUCGGAACAAAGGUCUUUGUAGAACACGGAUGGCGCGCGUGUGCGCUCCUCUCUAUGGCUUGGUUCGCCUGGCAAUUUGUGAUCCUUAUCUUAAGGGGACCAAACUGUCCCCGAGACCGCUGGAUCGGAUAUGGAGGAGGAGUGCAGUUUUGGAAGCGUAAAUGCUCUGAAAGUGAGUGU